AUGACAACGCUAUCCGAACUGUCUAGUACAUCCGACGAAAAUAUUACUGUCAUCCGGCCACCCCCCGCAUCAAAGAAAGCCACCGAGAAUGCGAGAAAACUAAAGCAAACGGAGGAAAGCUUUCUAAACGCGUUUCGCCACCUAGGAGUAGAUAAGGAUGAUCUAAGCUUCGUAGUGUCGCGAAUAUACAACGCACUCAAAAGUGAUCCAUUUCACUCUCUCUACGAACUUCUGGAUCAUAUCCAGAUCAUGUUGACAUAUGUAUGUGACGAGAAUUCGGCAGCUAGAGAACAGAUGCGGUCAGAUCUAGUGCAAUUGGCAGCCGAGCAUGUCUCUCCCAGACCUAAUGCCCGCACCAGUACCUCCCUGCCCAAUCCUAAUACCUGUACUGGUCUUACGCCGGUUUCAAGGAAAAGACCGGCAUCUUACUCAAAACCCAAAGGCAAUAAUAAUAAGAGACAACGUUCAGAACUUGAACGUGACCGUGAACGCGAACUAAAGCGCAUGGGACCGCACGAGUCACAAAUAUGUUUCGAAAAUCCUACGGGAGAAGUGGAGGAAAGCAAUCAGUCCACAAGUCUCAAUGGCCAUGACUAUGACGGACAAAGAGUUUCAUUAUCAACGGAAGAUGUGUUUCUGACUUCUGAUCUGAAUGAAACCCCGGAAGAUAACGUGCCGGUAAUCGAUAAUAUAAAUAGCCUCGCUGCAGACAUGAUCAGCGGAGUACAAUUGCCGUCGCAACCUUGUGUACACUCUUGUUGUUUCUGUGCCUCCCCGACAUCUUAUGACACUGCGUAA